AUGGAGAGUACUAAAUUUUACGACUUGUGGCCCCCUGGUUCCUCCUCCGUCAGGCCUGGUUCUCCUUUCCGCUCAGCGCCCUGGUCCUCCUCCGUCAGCCCCUGGUCCCCCUCCCUUAAACCCUGGGUCCUCCUCCGUCAGCGGCAGGUUGAUUCCUUCUUAACCCUCCGUCAGCGCCUUGCUCCUCCUCAGCCCCCUGGUUCCUCUCCCCCCUGGUCCUCCUCCGUCAGGCCCCUGGGCCUCCCUCCGUCAGCACCCUGGUCUCCUCCGUCAGCGCCCUCCGUCAACGCCAUGGUCCUCCUCCGUCAGCCCCUGGUCCUCCCUCAGCGCCUGGUCCUCCCCGCAGGCUGGUCCUCCCCGUCAGGGGCCUUGGGUUUUCCCCGCAGCGCCUUGUCCUCCUCCCUCUUUGACCCUGGCUCCUCCGUCUCUCCCGGUCCUCCCCGUCAGCUUACCUGGUCCUCCUCCGUCGCCCCUGGUUCUCCUCCGGAUCAGCCCCCUGGUCCUCCUCCGGAGACCGAGCCUGGACCUCCUCCCGUCAGCCCCUGGUCCUCCUCCUACAUCACAUUAACAUCAUUUUCACACGCAUGCGCUAUGAUCCGACAUGUUGCCAAUUGUGUCCACAUUCGCAAUCUUCCACUUACAUUCCACCCACGUCCCUCUCAUCCACCUAACGCAACUUUCCACACGCAUUCCUCUCGCCCUCACACCACUGAGGACUGUCUCAUCGAUGCUCCGCUGCUCGUACGCUCAGAGCUCGACCCUACUCCCCCCGCCCCACCCGCACCCGCCUCGCACGCCAUGAUCGUAGCCAGUAUAUUGUACCGCCUUCUCCCUCUCCAUGCUCCUAAUUUUCUCCCUGCUUCCCUGUCUACUGCCUCUUGA